CAGAUGCACAGAGGAAUGUCAAACUGACAUGUACAGUUGCCUCCCUUAUAAAUAGCAAUAAAACGGCGGUCCCACGUUCGGAUACUUAUAUAACAUGACUUUACAGGAAACUGCGUCUCUGCAUCUGAGGCGGGAAAACCAGUAGCCUUUGAAGACCAGGACAACUUCAACAAGCGGUUUUAAAGGGACAGCUCCGUCUGACUUUUAAAUCAUCAUGGCGGACUCUACCUUCGACAACAUGACAUCACUUGCCCGGGCUCUGUCACAACCCAAACUGGACCUGAUCGAAGCAAACGACGUUCACCUCUCGCGAAAUGCCCAGCUGCAUCCGUGCCGAAGGAGAAAGUUGUCGAGCUGCAGCUCGUUCGAGCACGUCGAGCCGAUAACGUCGCCGUGUGCCGAGGCGCGGGUUCUGGUCAUCAACACCGGAGGAACCAUCGGGAUGACGCUUCACGAUGACGUGCUUGCACCAAAAGCCAAUGCCCUUGUGAAUAGUCUGCGUAAGCUUCCUAUCCUCCACGAUGAGCUGUAUGCCCAGCAGACCUGCCUGUAUCACUACUAUGGUUCUGACAACACCCUGGUGCUCCCGAAGCCAACGUUCCACUCGGACAACCCAUUUCAUGGGCUGAGCAAAAACAAUAAGAGGAUAGUUUACAACAUCUUAGAGUACAACCCUUUGCUGGAUUCAUCCAAUAUGACCACAGAUGACUGGGGCAGAAUUGGAAAGGACAUUGAGAGAAAUUAUGAAAGCUAUGAUGGUUUUGUGAUCCUUCAUGGCACUGACACGAUGGCUUACACGGCCUCUGCUCUGUCCUUUAUGUGCGAGCAUCUGGGUAAACCAAUCAUCCUCACAGGCUCACAGGUGCCGAUCUAUGAGAUGAGGAAUGAUGGCAGGGACAACCUGCUGGGGGCCCUGCUCAUUGCUGGCCAAUUUGUCAUUCCUGAGGUGUGCCUGUAUUUUUACAACAAACUCUACAGAGGAAAUCGUGUGACCAAAGUUGACGCUGGUAGCUUCAAUGCAUUCUCCUCUCCCAACUUGCCUCCCCUGGCCACUGCUGAGGUGGACAUUACCAUAAACUGGGAUACAGUUUGGAGGGCAAACACCACAACAAAGUUUCAAGUCAGCACUGACCUGAACCGGAACGUAGGCCUGCUCAGGCUGUUUCCAGGAAUCACCGCUGAUACUGUGAAAGCCUUUCUGCAGCCACCUAUGGAGGGGGUGGUCUUGGAGACCUACGGCAGUGGCAACGCUCCCGACAACCGUCCUGACCUGCUAGAACAACUGAAGAGGGCCACGGACUCUGGCGUCAUCAUUAUGAACUGCACCCAGUGUCUGAGGGGCACAGUGUCUACAUCCUACGCCACGGGCAAAGUGUUGAUCGAUGCAGGACUCAUAGCUGGUGGGGACAUGACACCUGAAGCCGCACUAUCAAAGCUAUCCUACGUGCUGGCCAAGAAGAAUCUUGAUCUCAAUGCCAAGAAAAAGAUGAUGAGUCAGAACUUGAGAGGGGAGAUGAGUGCUGAUUUAGCAGGCGCUAAGCUGUGUCUGACCGACAGCCGUUUCAUUCAGGUCAUUGCCAAGUCGCUGAGCAUCAGCUGCAAAGAGGAGCUAGAAGCCAUCCGUGAUGCUCUGACCCCCCCACUGGCGUGUGCUGCUGCUAAGAUUGGUGACAUCGAGGCCUUAGAAGCCCUAAAAGAAAUGGGCAGUAACCUGUGUCUGGGUGACUAUGAUGGACGCACACCCCUCCAUGUUGCUGCCAGUGAGGGACACCUGAAGUUGGUGCAGUACCUGCUGAGGCUCGGAGCUACUGUUUAUGCUAAAGAUCGCUAUGGUGAUACACCCCUAUGCAAUGCCGUGCGCUUCAGGCACAAGGAGGUUGUGAAGCUCCUGAGACAGACUGGAGCCCACUUCUCCAGAGAUGAGUUGGAGGAAGCAGGAACUGAGCUGUGCAGCCUGGCUGCCAGCGGUGAUCUGGAGGCCCUGGAAAUCUGGAGCCUUGCUGGAGCAGAUAUGAAUAAACCAGGCUAUGACGGACAUACGGCAGUUCAAGUGGCCCAGGCUGUUGGGAAAAUGGAAGCAGUGGCAUUUUUAGCCAAGCACAUGAACAAUAAACACAAGACAGUAUUCGGUGAUUUUAAUGAGUAUGAUCAAAAUGAUGAUGAUGAGAGCGGAGUCAUCGAGUUCACCGCCCGGCCGUCCGGGCUCUAAGCCCACGCUUCCUCAGGCACCAGGACCUGCCCUGUCCUCGCGUCCACCUCCUCCCAAGCCGUCCUCACUCAACCGUCCGUCCCACUGAGCUGCUCUCACUUUGAAUGUCUGUACAAUGGUUAUAUGGAAAGCAAUCGAAGGUCACAGUCUUUUCUUCCUAAUUGAAGCACAACAUUUCGUAACAACUGGUUCGAGUGCACAUUGUCUAGACAUGUGGCAUAUUUUUGUAUGUAUAUGUUUGACUGUUACGCAGUAUCUUAUGUGGGAAUAUUGUAAUCAAAUGUUUUUAUAGACACUCGGUUACUAUAUUGUUCUGUUAAUCAAGGGUCAAUUUUACCUGUGCUGUGUUAAUGUGGAUGGAUCUUAGUUACAUUUAUUUUAAAACGAUUUAGAACAAGAUUCAGGUUUCAACUUUUCAAGAUUGUUCAGGAUUAUUAAUGUAUAUAUUUAGCCAUAAUGUGAUGUCUUUGGUAUAGACAGUAUAUUUAUUUACUGUGUGGACUAAGUAUUGUUGAAAAACUCAUCUGGUUGAACAAAGUUAAAUCCAAUCUCAUUGUCAGCUUUUAGCUCCAGGUUAUGAAUGUUAAUAAAACCUUCUGUUUUAUUUGCAAAUGUUUAACCUUUCAGGAGGUUUAAAAUAAAGGGGCUUCAAAGAACUUAGAAUAGUUCAAAGUGGUUCAGGUUGAAUAAUAACAUCCCUAUGUUUGUUUUUAGUAAUGCACGCUGUAAAGGCCUGAUUUUAUUUAUCGUGUGUCUGUUUUAGUCUUUUUUUUAGAGCUUUUCUGUAGGAGAUGAUCUUGGUUACAUUGUGUUUUAUACCAAACAAGUAUGUGAAUACUGCAACAUUACAGCAUAAAGGAAUGUUGUCUCUUCUUAUAGCAAUACAUGAACAUCUGAUAGGACAGAGUACCUUCACAGCUUAGAUUUUUAUGCCUCGCGUCAGAUGCUGUGCAGAAUCACAACACACUGACGUUUGUGUUACUAUCUGCAACAUUAAUGCAACUUGUCCCUCGUCCACUUUGGUCCAAGGUUCACUGCGGCUCCACACGCAGAGAUUUUCAUCUGUCCUUUUCAAAGCGGAACUCAAAAACCUGCAGUUACCCUCCAGACUGACCCGGCCUGUUUCUUGUGCUGACUGUCGAGCUGGAAUAGUCACAUAUCUGCCACUUUGUAAAGGAAAGAGGAGAAUCGAGGCUGUUGUAUGAGUCGAGACUUUCUGCUCUGAUGCUCUUCGCAUUCAUGUUCACACAUCUUUGUCAUAUUUAAUUUGCAAGCCAUAAAACAACGACUGUUAUUUUUAGUUAAAUAUAGUUUACUUUGCAGGGUGUUCAGGCCAGAGUCUCAUGUUGCUACGUGUUCAAAGUGCAAAUUCAUGUUAAUUACUUGAAGUGUAUCUUCUUGUGUUUGAUGCUGUUACAAUCUGUUUUAUCCUCCGUGUGUGUGUGUGUGUGUGUGUGUGUGUGUGUGUGUGUGUGUGUGUGUGUGUGUGUGUGUGUGUGUGUGUGUGUGUGUGUAGAGGGGGUGAUAGUUAAUCAGUGUUGCGUGUCAUCUGUAUAAAAAGCAGCAGAAAUAAAUCCUGGCCUGGUCUGAA